GCCUGCGUGCGGCGGCGGGGGCGGUGGCGGCUGUCCGCGCCCCUCCCCCGCGCUGCGCUCAGUGCCAGGCGGGAGGCGGUAGCGGUUGGAGGCUUUGCCGGGCUUUGCAGUGGGGACUUCGGCAGCGGCGCCUCAGGCACCUCGGCCCUGACACGAUGAGGCGAGUGGUACGACAGAGCAAGUUUCGGCAUGUAUUUGGACAAGCAGUGAAAAAUGACCAGUGUUACGACGACAUCCGGGUUUCUCGAGUGACCUGGGACAGUUCCUUUUGCGCUGUCAAUCCCAGAUUCGUUGCCAUAAUCAUAGAAGCGAGCGGGGGAGGAGCGUUCCUUGUACUCCCUUUGCACAAGACUGGUCGAAUUGACAAAUCCUACCCAACAGUAUGUGGCCACACAGGACCAGUGCUGGACAUAGACUGGUGCCCACACAACGACCAGGUCAUUGCCAGCGGCUCGGAGGACUGCACUGUUAUGGUAUGGCAGAUCCCAGAAAAUGGACUCACCCUUUCCCUGACCGAGCCCGUGGUCAUCUUAGAAGGCCACUCAAAGAGAGUUGGCAUCGUAGCCUGGCACCCGACGGCCCGCAACGUGCUUCUCAGCGCAGGCUGUGAUAAUGCCAUCAUUAUCUGGAACGUGGGCACGGGGGAAGCCCUGAUAAACUUGGACGACAUGCAUUCAGACAUGAUUUACAAUGUCAGCUGGAACCGGAACGGCAGUCUGAUCUGCACAGCCUCCAAAGACAAGAAAGUGAGAGUAAUCGAUCCGAGGAAACAGGAGAUUGUUGCUGAGAAGGAGAAAGCACAUGAAGGAGCCCGACCCAUGAGAGCCAUCUUCCUGGCUGACGGCAAUGUCUUCACCACUGGCUUCAGUCGCAUGAGUGAGCGGCAGCUGGCUCUCUGGAACCCGAAAAAUAUGGAGGAACCAAUUGCUCUUCAUGAAAUGGACACUAGCAAUGGGGUUUUGCUACCUUUCUAUGACCCUGACACCAGUAUCAUUUACUUAUGUGGCAAGGGCGACAGCAGUAUCCGCUACUUCGAGAUCACGGACGAAUCCCCUUAUGUCCACUACCUCAACACAUUCAGCAGCAAGGAGCCUCAGAGGGGGAUGGGCUACAUGCCUAAGAGGGGACUCGAUGUCAACAAAUGUGAGAUUGCCAGAUUCUUCAAACUUCACGAGAGAAAGUGUGAGCCUAUUAUCAUGACUGUCCCCAGAAAGUCUGACCUUUUCCAAGAUGACCUGUACCCCGACACGGCAGGGCCUGAGGCGGCCCUCGAGGCAGAAGAGUGGUUCGAGGGGAAGAACGCCGAUCCAAUCCUCAUCUCUCUGAAGCAUGGAUACAUCCCUGGAAAAAACAGGGACCUCAAGGUGGUCAAGAAGAACAUUCUGGACAGCAAGCCCACGGCAAACAAGAAGUGCGACCUGAUCAGCAUCCCCAAGAAGACCGCAGAUGCGGCCAGUGGGCAAAAUGAAGCCAAGUUGGAUGAGAUUUUAAAAGAGAUCAAAUCUAUAAAAGACACAAUCUGCAAUCAAGACGAGCGUAUUUCCAAGUUAGAACAGCAGAUGGCGAAGAUAGCAGCUUGAAGGUCCACCCCACCCCCCAGAUGGGAGCAGGAAGGCGUGGUCCCGGGGAGGGCGAAGGGAGGCACUGCCUUUGGAGACAUUCUAUUUCAGAUCUGUUGACCAGCGACAGGCCACGUUCCAGUAAGAACUCAAUUCGUCUCCCAAAUUUGCAGAAACAAAAUGUGAUUUAAAAGCUGAGCUUUUUACCAGAAAACUUUUUUUGAUGUUUUAAGUGUUAUGUGACUUGUGAACUUCUAAAAGACAAAAGUGCUACUUUGAAAAUCCCAGAUAUUCUGAAUUUUAGAAACCCAACCAAUUCUGAUUCAGUGUCCUGCCCAAGUACCUUUUUUUUCCUUUCUUUAUAUUUUUUUUUUACAAACAGGGACCAAUGCCACAUUGCUUUUUAUAUUUCUUUUUUUUUUUAAUGUUGCCAAAACCAAAAGUAGCUUUUUUUUUCUUUAUAUUUUGCUACUUUGCAGUAUUUGUGUGUGGGUUUUUUUUUUUUUUUCCUUUAAUUUGAAAGGGACAGCACUGUGUAUGUUUAUAAACUAAAUGAAGAUAAGAUAUUAUUUUGUAUAAACAUUCAUCUGAGAACAGAGCCGUAGCCACACGGUGCUGACUUCUCUGCAGCACAAACCUGGUCAUCUUAAUGACUGUACAAAAGGAAGACUUGAAAAAUCACGUGGAUUCGUAUUCCCACCCUUCCCCUCCCAUUGAGUCUUCUGAUCAAAAAAAAAAAAAAAGGCUCAUAUUGAAUCAUUUUCUUUCUCUUUUCUAGAAAUUGGGUGGUUGUACCAGAAUGGAAUUUUGCUUCUUGGUUAUCCUGUGCUUCAGAUGAUUAUAAUCUAACCUAAACUA